AUGGCUUACUAUGGCAACCCGUACCAAAGCAAUUACUAUGGCGGAGGCUUUAGCUAUCCUAAUCAGGCCUACCAAGUCAAUCCAGGACAUCCAGGGUAUCCUCCACCCCAACAGAUGAUGAUGAACCCAUUUGCUGGUAUGCCGUGCCCUAUGCAGCAGAUGCCUCCUACCAUGCAAACAAGCAUCACCAUUAACACAACCUGGAGCACAGACAGCUGCUUUCUUGACCUAGCACAGGAGGCUGGACUACUUGAUGACGAGGAGGAAGAAGAUGAGGACGAAUAUGAGGAAGAUGAUGAAGAGGAGGAAGAAGUCAAGAAAUCACGCAAGAAGAUCCGCAGGAAGGCUAAAAAGAAGGCUAAAGUAGCAGAGAAAAUUGCUGGUUUAAGUGAUGAGGACCGAGCAGCCCUGAAGUCUCGGUACGUAGCCAGAUUGAAGGAACACUUAGAUAAAUACAACAGUUUGGAACCCACUUCUGGCACUGUCAAGCCUUACACCAUGUAUACAGAUGAUGAUCCUGUUGUUCCAUUCAUGGACACCUUUGAUGGUACACCUGCUGCUGGAGAAAAAUGGAACUCGGAAUACGACUGUAUAUACCUUGAUGCAGCUAUGGAUGGUUUAGGUACAAAUGAGGAUGCAAUCAUCCAUGUUGUCACAACCAGAUGUAACUCACAGAGACAGGAACUGAAGAAAAAGUUCAAGACUGCUUAUGGUUCGGACCUGAUUGAACGCCUGAAGUCAGAACUCAGUGGUGACUUGAAGGAAUGCAUUAUGGCUCUGUUUGUGAGUCCUGAUGUCUAUGAUGCUUGGUGUGUGAGGAAUUCUAUAUAUGGCUUAGGAACAGAUGACUCCGUGUUAUGUGAGAUUAUGUUUUCCCGCACCAAUCCUCAGAUUCAGGCCAUGGUGGAAGCAUACAAAGAUGUUGCUUUUCCUGAACUAAAAGCCCCAGAGUGCGCCAUGGAGGAAGACAUUGAAAACGACACAUCAGGAGACUACAAACGACUGUUGAUAUCGGCAUGCCAGGGUAAUCGUGACACUAUUGACUUUGAGAGGUUAAAUGAGGCUGUUGAAGAGGUCAAGAAUGACAUGGACAUGCCUACGGGGAUGUUUGCUGUUAACCAUGACAAGUUGGUCGAUGUCGCCAAGGCACAGCGUGAUGCACAGAAAUUGUUUGAAGCAGGACAGGAUAGAUGGGGCACAGAUGAAGAGACUUUCAAUCGGAUCUUUUCCACUCGUGAUCCCUACCAGCUUAAGAGGACAUAUGCUGAAUAUGUAAAGUUAUCCCAGUGUGAUAUUGAGAAUGCGGUGGAUGACGAAACCUCUGGAGAUUUUAAGAUGGCUUUGUACACCUUAGUGAUGUGUAUCAAGUUUCCCCCUCGAUACUUCGCCAAGAGGUUGACUUUGAUGAUGAAAGGAUUGGGUACUGCUGACUCAGACCUCAUCAGGAUCAUUGUUUCCCGCUCGGAGAUUGAUAUGGAACAAAUUAAGGCUUCAUUCCUUGAAGAGAAUAAACAAACCCUUUGGAAGUGGAUCGAGGGAGACUGUAGUGGGGACUACAAGAAACUUCUUCAAGGAAUUGUAGGAAAAGACUAG